CUCCCCGGCAGCGUCUCCAGCAAGUGUGUCGUGGAGAGUCUGCUACAACAAGUCUCACAGCUGAGUGAUGUGGAGAAGUUCCUUUUGUACCUGAAGUUACCAGUGGGCCGCCCUCCAGAUACCGACCCGCUCAAGCAGCCUCUCAACCCUCUCGGCAGCCGGUGUGAAAUCCAGCUGACCAUUACCUGGAUCAAGACACACCUGGAAAUGAAUAGUGAGGUCUCCCUGCCCAAGAGAGAGGUCUACAAUGAGUACAUGCACUACUGCAACCUCAACAACAUCAAGGCACUGAGCACAGCGGACUUCGGCAAGGUGAUGAAGCAGGUCUUCCCCGGCGUGCGGCCCCGGCGAUUGGGGCAGCGCGGGGCCUCCAAAUACUGCUACUCGGGGCUCAGGAAAAAGUGGACCCUGGAGCCCCCUGACCUGCCUGACCUCAAUGAUAACAUGGCGAAGAAAAGUGUGCUGGGCGUGGAUUGCGUGCUGGACGAGGGGGAGGUGGACCGUGCCGCAGCCUGCCUCGUCCUGGAGUGGGCCGAGAAGGAGUGUCUUGUCAAAUUUGAGUGCCUGAGAGACUUGGCACUCCACCUCAUCAACAAGAACUGUGUGGAUAACCGCUCAGUGGCCGCCUUCACACUGCUCUCACUGGCGGAUCACAAACAGGGUGUGUUGGUAGGCAGUGGUGGCGGUGGCGGCGGCGGCGGGAAACACCGGGAAACACAAAUUCAACUACAGCGGAAGAUACACGAGAGGGAACAAAUCAGGGAGCAGAAGAGGAAACUGCAGGAGCAGCAGCCGGCAGUGACCAAAUGCAGCGGCGGCGGCGGCAGUGACCGUCCCAAGUCCCGGCGGCGCAGCGGAGCAUCGCGCAACCCUUCAGGCGACAGCCACGCACCCCUCACCAAUGGCACGCCCCCGCCCCCCCCACCACCCUCCAAGCUGGGCUCCAACGCCCCCACACAGCCCACCCCUGUCACCAACGGGAACUGUGACGGCGGCUCUCUGCUGCGCUGCGAGCUGGUGAACGGCGGCGACCUGGGGAGCCUUGGGGGACUGGGCAGCCUGGGGGGCCCAACCAUCAAGCAGGAGCAGCCCCUCGACUUCCUGGACUCCAUCACAGAUGACAAGAUGCUGGAGGCCAAGGCAGAGGCCCGGGGUGUGGGCGGCGUUAGCCCCACGGCCCCGCCCAGCCUGAGGCGCAGCGUCAGCACCCCCGGCGGCGCCCUGGAGGGCAAGAAGACCACCACUGUUGGGAACUGCAAAGUGCCCCUGUCCAAGGCCAGCAAGAAAACACACUUCAUCAUGUCUGGCGGGGCUGGGGCCGGGGCCGGGGCCGGGGUAGGGGCAGGUGGUGGCAAGGCCCCCUCCCCGAAGGCGCGGUUCAAAGCCAUCCAGCCAAGGGCUGACGGCCCUGCGCAGUGGCCAGAGCUGGACGGUGGGGCGGCCGGGGUGGAGGAGGUGCCCCAGCAGCCCUCACGGAUGGACUCCCUGCUUGGGGGCUCCCUGGUGAGCCAGUGCCUGCUGGAGCCCCAGAACAGUCUCUCACACCAGAUACACACACAGCAACAGCAGCAGCAGCAGCAACAGCAACAACAACAGCAACAACAACAGCAACAACAACAACAACAACAACAACAGCAACAACAACAACAACAACAGCAACAACAACAACAACAACAGCAGCAGCAGCAGCAGCAACAACAACAACAACAACAGCAACAGCAACUGCAGCAACAACAACUUCAACAGCAACUUCAGCAACAGCAGCAGCAGCAACAGCAACAGCAGCAGCAUCAGGUGUGCCAGCAGCCCCAGGCCAGUGGUGGCAGUGGGCCUGAGGUGGAGGAGGAGCUGAUUCAGUACUUCCACAAGAAUUCGGUGGAGCUGGACGACCAGCAGAAGACAAGUCAACUGUCUGAGCUGCGCAAACUGCUGCAGCGCAACCUGCCCAGCGGUCUGCCCCGGGGUGGGGGUGCGCGGCCCCUGGGGGGGGAGGGGGAUAUGCUGGAGCAGGAUGGCGUGGGCGCUGGCGGCAUGCAGCGCCGCGUCAAGUUCCAGCCCACCCUGGAGGGCGGCGAGGUGCUGGGCCUGGUGGGGGGCCAGACGGUGGGCUCGGUGCCCCCGUCCCCCAACACACGCCGCGCCCAGUUUGACUUCCUGCCCAUCAGCACCUCGCUGGAACAGGUGCACGGGGCAGCCUCGCAGGGCUCCAGCGCCAACGCCAGCCCCUUUAUGUCGCCCCGCAACACCCCGCUGCCCCGCUCCAGACACAACUCAGGGCAGACCUCCUCUACCUACGUCACGCCCCGCAGCACCCCCUUCACCCCGGACCAGCCUGGUGGGCUCCACGCGGGCCCCUCUGAGAACAGUACGCCCUUCAUGUCGCCCAUCACCACGCCACUGUACCCGCGCUCCAGACACAACUCCAGCCAGAACCUGCGCACCAUAUACAACACACCGAACUGCCGCUCCAGGCACUCCUCCGGGGCGCCCAGCUUCAGGCACGCCCCGUAUCCAUCCGACGACCCCACGGGGCGGCGGGGCGGCAAGUUUUCAUCACGACACUCCUCCGGCAGUGUGCCGCCGUCGCCCUCCUCUGCACCGCUGUCCCCGCUUGUGCAGGAUGGUUCCCUGCACCAACAGCUGGAGGGUGGGGCGGGGGCAGGGCUGGGGGGGCUGGGGGCAGGCCUGCAGCUGCCCUCCUCCUCCAUGCUGCAGCUCAUCCUCAAAAACAAGCCCACUGGUGGGACGGGGCACGGAGGGGGGGGGCCAGGCAUGAAUGACCUGCGGCGACGGCACAUGUCCGAGGGGCCGCCCGUCCACUACCAGCCCCAGCCACCCACCUUCACCAUGGACCCCCUGGGGCAGGAGGUGACCAGCAUGCUCACCAACCCUCAGCCAGGCACCAGUGCCGCCCCGACCAGCACCGCCAACCGCCCCCAGUCUGUACCUCCGCUGCAGAUGCUGAACCUGCAGGAGGCGUUCACCAAGUCACAGCCCAACACUCCCUUGGUGGGCACAGCCUUCUCCUUCUGCUGUGAGACCAGCCAGCCGUCCUCCUACGCCCCCACGCCCGUCCCCAGCGAGUACAACGACUUCACCGAGAGCUACAACCUGGAGAUCGACCCGCUGCUGGACGUCAACCUGCAGGGUGACGGUGGCGCCUCGGUGGGCCUGGACCCCCUGGACUCCCUCUCCCUGGGCGGACCCCCCUCCACUGACCUAUCCGGCCUCUCUGACCCCCUGCAGGUGCCCCCCAACAUCAACCCCUUUGACACCUUCACGGGGGAGUCCGGCGGGGGCAUGCGGGAGCCCCUGGAGGACGGGUGCUGGGAGACGGGCAUGGAUGGGCGGUGCGACGACGGGUGCUGCAUGGACACGGUGCGCGGCAACGUCAACGGCAUCAUAAUUCGGCACAUCCAGGUGGAGCCACUCACCAACCAUGCCUCCAUGCUCACCCUCAAUGCCCUCAACCGCCCCACCCUGAGCCUGGACGGCGGGGGGGGGGCGGGGACAGGGCUGGAGGAAGACUUUCAGCCCACGCUCGCUGACCUUGGCGACCAAGAAAUGUUCAACAACCUGGUACUGGACGUGAGCAAGGACUGACAGCAGACCGCCAGCUGGGCCAAGUAUCUCACCUGAGUGGGCGGGGGAUGGCACACCUCUUGAAGCCGCCACCGCCUCUGCCGCCAUCAGUACAGCCGCCCAGUCCUGGCACCUCCCGGCACUCCUGGGCUUGCCUCGGCCUGGCCCUGGCAGCCUCGGAACACAGCUGAAAUGUGUUGCGUUGCGUUGUGUUGUGAGUACAGUGACAUGUGCAUGUGUGUGUGUGUUUGGAGUACUCGAGAAAGUGCACGCUGGGAGUUUGUCCAGCUGUGCGUGUGUGUGUAAGUGCUCAUCACCUCCGCUGUGCACCAGGAAAGCUGUGUGCGUUGCCGAAACACUGAACAAAACAAAACAACACUGGAAAACUACUAUGACUACUACUACAACAACUACUACUACUACCGCCAUCCGCCAACAACCUAUGAGAUCUCCUGGCAGCGACCGACCGCACGGAAGACUGUCACCUGUCACUGCCGCUUAUGAUAAUAUGGAAGAAAACGGAGACAUGGAAAGACAAAGAGAACGGGAGUGAAAAUGAUGGUGACGAUGAUGAUAAAAAGGAGGAAGUGGAUAGGGAUAUACGGAGAAGAGAAAAGAGGAAGAGGAGGAGAAGAAAGAUGAUGAUAUAAAGAUAAUGAAGGAGAAGGAGGAGGAGGUGGAAGUGAAUAUAAGAAAGAAGAGGAGGAGGAGAAGGAGGAUAAGAAUGCAAGAGAAAAGGAGGAGAAAGAGAAGAAGAAAUUGGAGGAGGAGGAGGAGAAGAAAAACGUUACAAGCUUGAACUAAACACACAAAAAACAUACACCGCUUGUUUUGUUUUUCUUAUUCUUGUUUAUAUUCUUGCGUUCUGCGUUUAUUGAGAAUCCUCCUCCCCCUCUGUCAGCAUGUCUCCGUUUAUCCAGUUUGUCUGUUUCUCUACUUCGCAAAUCCCGCACAAGGGUUCUUAAAUAAGUUAAAGAAGAAGAGAGAAGAUAGGAGAAGUGAAAGAGAAGAGAGGGGGAUGAAAAAAGAAGUGAAAGGAAGAAAAAUGAAGAAGGGAAAGAGAAGAGAAAUGAAUUAGUAAGAAGUGAAAUUGAAGAGAAUGGAAGUUUUAUAUUACCAAUCAUUUGUAUUAUAUUAUAUUUAUUACUUUUAUUAUUGUUUUGACAGUGUGAGGGUUGGGUUGCAAAUAUGUGAGUGAGGGUUCUAAUACACACCUUUUUUUAUAUAUAUUAUUUUUUAUUUUAUUUGUUAACUCCCAUUUCCUUUCUUUAUCAUCUUUUCUCUUUUGAUUCUCGUCUUCGUCCUUGUUAUUUUCCUUUAUUUUGUCUUUUUCUCAUUAGUUUUAUUUUUCAUCCUCUUUUCUCUCCUAAUUCCCUUCUUUGCCUUUCUCAUUUCCCUUUUCAUUUCAUCUUUUCCUUACUUUUAUUAUCUUUUGUCUCCCUUUCCUUCUUUUUCUCUAUAUCCCUUUUCUAUUUUUCCUUUCAUCUUUUCCUGUUUUCUUACUUUCCUUAUUCUUAUCUUUCUCUUUUUUUUCCCUUCUAUUAAAGCAGCUAAUAUUAUAUUGUGACAUGGAGGCUUAGAUUAGAUUAUUUCCUCUUAUUUUUUCAACAUCACUAUUCUUCUCUUCUUUUCAUCUUCUCUAUCUCAAUUCUCUCUUAUUUCUCCUUUAUCAGUUUUGUAUAUACACUUUUAGAAGCCUCUGAAACUCAUUGAUGAUUUAAAGGAUUGACAAGAGUGUUGGAACCUUCACUUUACUAAUUAACAUGAAAGAAGAAGGAAAGGAAGGGUUUUAGAAGUCUUGUCUUGCUUUGGUCUUGGUACUGUAUAGGGUGUUGGAACCUGUAUGUGUGUUUGUGUAAUGGUGUCGAAACCUGUUGGAAAAGGUGUCGGGUGUAUUGCGAUUCUUGGCUUUGGUUUUCUUUAUUUUUUAUGCGUUCGGGAUUUUUUCUCUUUACGUAAUCACUUUUUUUCAUUUUUUCACGUUUGCUGUUUUCGGGGAGUGAGUUUUUUUUCCCAGAUUUCAUUCUCUUUUCAUUUUUCCAAUUUUUAACUUUUCCAAUGACUUUUUUUUUUUUCAUUUUUCCUCAUACAGCUCUAGUUAAAAGGGGGACACCAGUGCUUAACCUCCCCUCCCUCCUUUUUCUCCCUUGAUUAGAUUCACCCUUUGUUUACCUCAUUUUCCUCCUCAUUUACCUCAUCAUAUAUUUGCUUGCAAGGAGAUAGAGGGGAGAAGUAGGAGGAGGAGGGAAGGGAGAACAAGGAAAAAAGGUUAAUAGAGAGAUAGGAAAGGAAGGAAGGGAAAACAUGAAGGAAACAGCAAAGAGAGAGAGGAGGUGGAGGAAGGAGAAAAAAUGAUGAAGGAACAAGAGAAAAAUGGAAAAUAAGAUAAAUGAAGAGAAAGUAAAGGAAGGGAGGGAAAAUAUCAAGAGGAGGAACAGGGAAGGAAAAAAAAAAGAAAAACAUGAUAGAUAGAGAUAGAGGAAAGAAGAUUAUAAUAGUGAAUGAAAAGGAGGGAAGGGAAAAUAUCAAGAGAAAGAAGAAUGGAGAGAAAAACAGGAGUAACUAAAUUGUAUCCCUUGCAGUAUCUAUAGGGUGAAACAAGGGAUGGGAGAAAGGGAGGAAAGAGGGUGCAGAGAGAGAGGGGUGAGGGAGGGAGGGAAGGAGGCACUGGCAGACACCCUAACCUAACUAGAACAAGUCUGGCCCAGGGACGAAGGGCUCGGCCACCUGUAAAUAUUGUAAGUACGAAGCGCGCGUGUAACAUAACAACAGUGACUCUACAUACUGUGUCGUUUUCUGCAAGUUUUAGCUGAUAAGAAAAUUGAAGCGAAGACGUGAGGGAUUAUAUUUUUCGUCUACUCUUUUUUUUUAGUUUUUCUCGGUUUGGUUCGGCAUCGAGUGUUUAUAUUAUACCGCCCGAACUGCUGCCGCCACAUAAUUAUCCUCUAUAUAUAUACAAAACGACACGCCUUCCGUAUGUUCGUAUGUCCGUAUCGUAGUUUUAUUUUUCGCCCCCUUGUGUUUUAUCGUUUUUCUUGCGUUUAUUUUUUUUUUAUCUUCGCUCUCGCACAUGACAAACAGCAUUGACAUUAGUGGUUACGUUUUAUCGCUACAAACACAAGGGCAGAUGAUGUACGUUUGGUGCUGUAUAUGGGGGGAGGGACCGUACACACACACAUACACACACACACACACAUUGCAUACAUUGAUAAAGUGUGCUCUGUUAUGCUCAAUACAUGAUUUAUAUUAUAUGAACUAACUACAUAUUAUUAUUAUUAUUAUUAUUAUUAUUAUUAUUAUUAUUCAUGGGAGGUUUAGUACACUCCAUUUUGUAUCUGUGAUAACGAAAAAAUCCUUACAAAAAGUUUAAUACCUGUAAAAAACUUCCGGAAAAAAACAUUUAAUUUGUACUGUUAGUUGCCCCUUCGUUCUUAAUAUAUACAACAAGCAUACAUUAUUAUUACCAGUACGGAAUAUAUAUUAAAAAGUGUACCGUUUAAGUUGAUGUAAGUUAGUGAAGAGGUUAGUUGGUCUGCUUCAGCGGCGGGCAAAGAGAGUGAUUGCAGGUUUUUUUUUCUCAUUUUUUACAACAAAGGAGACGGCUCAAGGGCAACAAAGAGUGCCAGAAAAAAAAAAGCUCGCUACUCACCGCUCCCAUCAUGUGGCAUCAGCUCCCUCAGAUAUUAUACACACUGAUACGUACAAAAAGUGUAGACAGCAGUGUGUUAUUCAAAUUGAUUCAGAUGAAGAAUUAUUUACUUUCUCUCUGGUUUAUUUUCAUCUUACAAGGAUUGGAGAAUGUAGAUUUUUCAUACCACAAGCUUAGACUGAUUAACAACAUGAAAGAAAGGAAGGGUUUUAGAAGUCUGGUCUUGCUUUGGUCUUGGUACUGUAUAGGGUGUUGGAACCUGUAUGUGUGUAAUGGAAAAGGUGUCGGGUGUAUUGCAGGGAAUGUAAACUUUUCAUGCCACGAGCAUAUAUUGAUUAACGACACGACUGGAGAAAAGAAAAAAGGCCAUUAUGUCUUAUUACCAACCCAUGACUGAUUAUAGCCGAGAAAUUAAAGUAAAAAGCAAUGCAGUGAGGUUCCCGAUCUAUACCACUCCCAUAUUUUGAUGAACUGAAUUACUGGAAAGGGGAAACAAAUGCUGUCCAGUUUUUCUUAUAUACCACCGUCACACAAGAGACUGACAGUUACCAAAAGGAGUGAAAAAUUACCAGGCACUUAAAAUUCCAAUACAAAUCACCGCCACAUAAAAAUCACUUGACAAUUACCGAGAAAGGGAGAAAAUAGCAUCUGUCCAUUUCUUGUCAACAUAAACCAAUAAGAGUGAAAAAGUAAUUACCAGGCACUCAAAAUUUCCAUACAAAUCACGACCAUAUAAUAAUCACUUGAAAAUAACCGAGGAAGGGAGAAAAUAGCAUCUGUCCAGUUCCUGCUAAAAUAAAGAAGUUACCAGUGAAAGAAAAACAGCCACUGCCAUUUAGCAAGCACUCUUUGUCACACCCUGGAGCAGACUGUCAUAGCAUUAGGCAGAGCAAUCCAUUAAUUAUAAACUAUCCAUUAUUUAACUCCACGUGUUAUUACAGCCGUAGGUUUAUGAUCAGACAUAUGUGUUAGCGUCUUAAUCGUUUAUACAACAUCAACAACAAGAACCUUCCACUCAGUCGUCCAUGUUGUAGGAUCUCCCGGAGGUCACUGACGGGGGGAGGGGUCAGGUCAGGUCAAGGCUGGAGAGAGAGAAAAUGAGAGGUCACCACACAUGAUAUUAAAGUGAAAAUGUCCGUUAAUUUAUAGAGGUUAAAAAGCGACCCCAAAAAUUAUAAUGAUGGUAUAAAGGAAGAAAAAUAUAUUGACAGCAGCUCAUUAUAAAAACUGAUAAACAAAAAUUGAUGGACCUUUUAAAACUGAUAUAGCCAAAUGUUGCCAUAGAAAUCAUCUUUUUAUAGAACAACUGGUAUCAACAAAAAAAUGGAUCAAGUACUGUAUUUCCAUUUUAAACCAUAUUCUUUGACAGGUGAUGUUAGAUUUACCUUCCCUAACGACGUUAUCUACAGUAUUACUCCUGGUGACUUCUGAUUAAUGAUUCAGCUCGAGAAAAUAACUGUGCAAAAAAGGAAAUCAAGCACGUCAUUUAUUUCCAUUUUAAACCAUACUCUUUGACAGGUGAUGUUAGAUUUACCUUCCCUAAUGACGUUAUCUACAGUAUUGCUCCUGGUGACUUCUGAUUAAUGAUUCAGCUCGAGAAAAUAACUGUGCAAAAAAGGAAAUCAAGCACUUCAUUUAUUUCUAUUUUAA